ACAUGCGAACGCGCCUAUAGUCGUGCGUCCGAGUCAGUCGAGACUCGCGUAUAUCUCGCAUCCAAAUUAAAACCAUGUAAGUACGAUCUGUCAUUUCGCGAGCGAGCUGUCUUGGGAGAGAGAACUGCUGGACGCAGGAUUGUAAAUAAAAUAAAAUAAAUAAGGAGGAAAAUAAGAGUAUAUAGUUGCGCUGCUCGCGACGAGUCUCGGCGCGCUGCUGGUUCUCGUGUUGUCAGGACGAAAGGAGAGGCGCGAGUGUGACGUGACGUGCAAAAAAGCGCAAAAGCCUCCGAUCCCUGGUUGAGAGCAGCUUCAUGGAAGUCCGUCGUCGUCGCAUCGCGGCCGAAGAGCUUUCGGACAGUCCGUCGUCUAUGAGCUUCCAAUAACAACAGCGGCGACAGUGACAGUGUCAGGAGGAUUCUCUAUUAUAGUCAACCGCGGGAGCCUGCUCUAAAAGCCAAAAGCUUCCAUUGGUGAGUGGUCUCUAGCUGCCCUGUGAAGAGCUUGAAGGGACUGUGCUCUUGUUUGGGCAACUUGUAUGGAACCUUUGUGGAGUGUCUUUUUCUUGUCAAAGGAAUCUGGAAAAUUUGCGCGUAUUCCGGUUGUUUGUUUACUGGAUGGCAAAAGUAUAUACUUGAACAAAUAUUGAAAACUAGAAACAAAAAGAUGGAGGAAAAGAGAAGUAAAAGUACUGGAGAAGAUGAGGAGUCGGAAGAUUCAGAAAAUAUCAUUAUCAACGAAGUGGACGGUUUACCAAAUGUACAUCCCAACUUUGAGCAACUGGAACUGAAUUGUGAAAAGAAUGAUGACAGAAGUAAUGAAGAUGUGUCUUCAAGAACUUUAGAAGAUCUAAUUCAUGAUGAAGACUUACCAACGUCUGUUAUUGUUACAAAUGUGGAUCCUCGAGUUUUUAAAUCUGAUGAAUUCAAGGUGGAAAUGGAAAAACUAUUCAAACAGUUUGGACAAGAUGCUACGUUUCAAUACUUUAGAUCCUUUAGAAGAAUGAGAGUUAAUUAUAAAUCCCCCAGUGCAGCUUCACAAGCAAGGAUACAGUUACACCAAACUCAUUUUGGAGAGACUGACAUUAAUUGCUAUUUUGCACAACCUGUAACGCCUAUAGACGUUGAAGAUCGACACUUGCAUCCUCCUGCACCUCAUAAACAGUUCCUAAUAUCUCCACCAGCAUCUCCUCCUAUAGGCUGGGAGCCUCGCGAGGAAGGCGAACCUCUGGUAAACCAUGAUUUGCUUGCUGCUAUUGCUAAUUUAACUCCAGGUGAAAGUCAUGAACUUCAUCCAGGAGGAUCAAACCAGCCAGGCAUUGUUGUUCAUAUCUGCGAAAACGCAGCAAACGCAGUCAAAAGCGCCGGCCGCAUACCGCACACUCGCUGUCCAGACGAAUAAUUUAUGAUAUCAUUGGAUACGCGUAAGGAGCGAAAAACGUAAGACGAAAACGUUGGGAGUCGGGGGCCUCUGGUGACUGUCUUUUUUAAAUCAAAAGAGCUUGGCUGCUUCUAGAAUUUUGAGUAUACUUAUCUUCUGACUUAUUUUCAAAGAAAUUAUUUAUUGACGGAUGUUUUCGCAUGUAUAAGUAAUUUGAAUACUUUACUAAUCUACACUCGAAUUUCGAGAAAAUUCUUUAAGCAGAUUAAACGAUUUAAAUUAGCAAGUAAAUCACCAGAGACGGCUUUUAGAGAAAGCAAACAAAAGUAAAUAUUUAAACAAGCACUCUCUUCCUUUGCCGUCUGCUCUAUAUAAAAUUAACGAAUCAUAAGUAUACACAUAUAAAUGAUCCAUCCAGAGGGCAAAUAAAAAAGCGUUUGUUCUUUAUCGACACAGUUUAUAAGCAAGCAGAAAAGAGCAGGUAAACGUUUAAGGAUGUGGGCAUGUUAAUAAUUCCGAUUGUUCUAUUAUCAAGCCGUAUUAUCGUUGGUGUUAUCGUACCAGAAGAAAAGAGCGAGGAUAAGCAAGAGAAGGGCUUGAGUGUUACGAUAAUCAAUGUUAAAACAAAAAAAAAAUAUAUAUAUAUAUAUAUAUAUAUAAAUAUUGCAUACGGCGCGCGCUGCUGGCCGGCUUUUUCGUAUAUCCGAGCCGCGUAUGUUACGAUAUCUCUUGGAUAUAUCAAAACGCUAAUAAGGGGAUAGAAUGAUGUUAAAAACUCGAGACCGUGCAAAAUCGGGAAGCCUGCGAGGUUGAUCUUAUUUUCUACUGCGUUCUGAUUUGCCAAUCAAGUUUUGGAAUAACAUUGUGAUCACGAAAAUUCGCGACGGUGUUUUUAAAUCACCAUUAUUAAAAUUGUGCAACACUUGACAUUUUUUUAAGCCUAUAACUUCAGGCUUCCGUUAAGUUUGAAACGUACAUUUAUAUUUCUAUAUAAAAAAGAUGACGCUAUUAUACAUAUAUUUAUGUAUGUACAUAAUUUUGUGUAUACAGGAUAAAAUGUAGCUGCAUAUUAAUUUUUUUCUAGAUAUUUUUCUACCUAACAAAUAUAUCAUCUGUUCUCGUGUAAAUCGCUUUCUCGGACUUUUAAUUCAACUUUUAUCCCCUUGAAACACGCUACUUUAAUCUGGGAAAAAAUUACGUAUACGUAUAUAUAAGUUUUAUUUAUAAAUCUUGUAGAUCUACAUUAAAUUUUUGUUGGCGAUAGUCAUUAAGCUUUACUCAUAAGUCGUUUCGCGUACGAUUUGAUUAGUACCUAAUUUUUUCCCUCGAGAAUUUAGUCAUUUGAACAAAAAAUAUAACAAACGGCUGCCUAACGAAAAACAUUAAUGAUAAAUAUACAAAAUGACUUUGUAGUGGCAUGAGUUACUUAGGAAUUGAAAGCGAAUAGAUCAUUGAUGGCUAUAAGAAUUACCGAGCACAGCAUGGACACUUUCAAAAACAUCUUUCCGCAUAUUUUGUGAAACUAUUAAAAUUUAUCGUAGAGAAAGAGAAGAAAAACGAAAGAUUAGUGUCAGUGCUGUACUUCAAUUCAUAUGAUCGAUUAUUUUCGUAAUGACAGAGUAAAGAAUUAGUUUUAUACAGCCUGUGUGCAUAUUCAAUAAACGAAAACUGGCACAGAUCAAUCAGAAUUUUCAGUAUAUAAAGAUAUAAAAUAUACAUAUUUCGAUUUCAAUAUCAAUGAGCGUUUUCUGCUUCUGUAGAAAACUUACUGGAGCAAAUCUAUAUCGUAUAAACGAACAUUUUGAACAGUCAAAUCCUAUUCUAUUCCCGAGAAAAAACUGAGUUAACAUUUGAACUAACGGUCUCGAUUUAAAGAAGAUACAGAUUAUAAGCAAGUAAAGAACUAAUACCAAGUUGUUCAAUGUAAUAUCUAGAUCCUAGAAGGAUUUUUCUGUUAGUCGUUUUUCAAAUCUUAACAAAAAUUAAAAAAAAAAAGAAUCGUGUUAAAUGUUUGGUCGCCUCUGUAUCGAUGGUCCAUUUUUCUCGUGCAAGUUUUUUAGUGUUAUAUGGCGUUUGAGAAGACUGGGAAAUUCGAUCGAUCAGUCGACAAAUGAAAUUCUAUUAUACGUAUACAAUCUUUCCAAAGUAGUAUACGUUCGACACCGGAGGAAAAUAUCGUGGUUUAUUUUCAAAUAUUAUUAUUAUGAUUUUCUUGAUUACAAAAGUAUUAGUUGCCUUAAAAGAGAUUUUAUUCAGGUUCAAUAUGAAACACAUUUUUCACGAUCAAACAAAGAUUGAAUAUAGUAUUUUUUUAUAAUAAAACAGUGGUAUAGUCGUAGAUGAACUAAGUAUUUCCUUCAAUUUCCGCUAUGUCUCGAUUUUCGGAAAGCAAUUAAAAAAUAUAUAUCUGUCCAUACGUAGUAAAGUAAAAAAAACUUUUUCUCCCGCUUGACUGCAGUACAAAAAGAGGGGAAAUCUCACUCUUCGAUCGCUUAAUGCUGCAAUUCGCCGUGUAUAAAGUUGUUUCUUUUUUAUUUGCAAACUAAUUAUCGUGCCGCCUCGAAUUAUCGUCUAAUUACUACUUACUAAUACGUAAAACUUCAACGAACAUUGCAUUAAUGGCGGGGCAAACUGUUGAUUCGCGAGAAGCUGACGCGCGUCGUCCAGAAUUGGACCUAGGAAUAAAAGUUCCGAGCCAGGGAACAGUUAUGUAUGAAUUUUGCAUAAAUUUAAUAAUAGGUGUUUCGAAUGAAAAAGUUGAAAAUUAUUUUAGAGAUCUCUAAGUAUAAUCGCGUGUGAUGUCAGGUAUGAUUUUUUCGUGGGGUACCUUGUGAGAAGAAAUUUUUUCUUUUUUUUUUCUUGAGAAAAAAUAUAGAUCGAAAUCCAGCAGCUAUUUAUGUAAAACGGAGGCGAAGCAAAUAAAUAGUGUUAGUGUCAUCGGCGAAAGAUAUGGUAUGAAUGUAUUCCAUUAUUACUUGUGAAUAUGUGUAUAUAUGUAUGUACGUAUACGUAAAACGCAUAUGUAUAAGAGAAAAAAAGAAAAGUAGAAUGGACUAAUAUGCUUUUCUUUCCUUUUUAUUUAGGGGUGCAGCGAGUCUUAAACCCACCGCACUGCAAAGUCUGAGUAUUGCGUACUUAACAAAAAGAAAACAAAAAGAAAUCGUAUCAAAAAGUUCAAUAAAAGUAAAAGAAUCUGUUAUUAAGCGAGAUAAUUUAACAGAAAUACUGUGUCAGUUUUGAUGGAAAUAAUGUAAAUAAAAGGAACAUGAAUUGUU